UCUCUGGUUCCAGAGACACCCUACCAGAGGUAUCAUUUUGUACCAUUACAUCAUCAGGAUAAACUCUGAUUAAGCCGCACCCUGGACAAAUGGGAUUAAUUUUGCCUGAAAAUCUGAAUCCCCCUUGCAGCAUGAGUUAGGAGGGGUAGGCUCUCUCCAAGGUGGGAGUCCUGUGGAAAGUGGGUGAAAUCUGCUGUUACAUGCUGAAUUGGUGACAAACCCAGACUGCUGGACCUGAUCCUGAGCCUGUUUGCUUUCCUGACGGGGCUUCCCUCUUACUUCACUCUGCCUCGAGCCUACGGUUUCACUGCUGUCACAUACGUGCAUGGAAGCGUUUCUACCCCAGCCUGGGCAAAUACUGGCAGGCUGUUGCAUCUGGAUGGGACUUCCUUGCACCUGACAGUAUGAAGACACAUGUCCAAAAGUGCUUUUCUUUUUUUUAAUAUGCUUGAAAUCACAAACAGAAGUCCCACUCUGCCAGCUACUGUAACACGUCGGGGUUGACAUUUGGGGUGCCGAGGGGAUUAACUAGUCUCUGUUCAUGCUGAACUUUGAAGAUGCUUAUUGAAGAAGGCCUGCAUCUUGACUUCUGUCUCUUGGACAAGCCGGACCAGCCCCUUUUUUUGUUGCCGGUCCCACUAUGUGUGCUAAAACUGUGGAACAAAUACAGAGUCUCCAACAUUCCCUCGCUGAUAUUUAUAGAUGCCGCCACCGGGAAGGUUGUGUGCAGAAAUGGCCUCUUGGUAAUCCGAGAUGACCCAGAAGGUCUGGAAUUCCCCUGGGGGCCAAAACCCUUCAGCGAAGUCGUGGCAGGGCCUCUGCUCAGAAACAAUGGCCAGUCAGUGGAUAGCGCCAGCCUGGAGGGCUCUCACGUCGGGGUCUAUUUCUCAGCACACUGGUGCCCGCCCUGUCGAAGCCUCACCAGGGUCCUGGUGGAGUCUUACCGGAAAAUCAAGGAGGCGGGUCAGAAAUUCGAGAUAGUCUUCGUUAGCGCAGACAGGUCAGAGGACUCUUUCAAGCAGUACUUCAGCGAGAUGCCCUGGCUGGCCGUCCCCUACUCUGAUGAAGCCCGAAGAUCGCGCCUCAAUCGGCUGUACGGCAUCCAAGGCAUCCCGACCCUCAUCGUCCUGGACCCUAAAGGCGACGUGAUCACGCGGCAGGGGCGGGUGGAGGUGCUGAAUGACAUUGAAUGCCGGGAGUUCCCGUGGCACCCCAAGCCUGUCCUGGAGCUGACGGACUCCAACGCCGUGCAGCUGAACGAGGGCCCCUGCCUCGUCCUCUUCGUAGAUUCAGAGGAUGACGGUGAGUCCGAGGCGGCCAAGCAGCUGAUCCAGCCCAUCGCCGAGAAGAUCAUCGCUAAGUACAAAGCCAAAGAUGAGGAGGCGCCGCUACUGUUCUUCGUGGCAGGCGAGGACGACAUGACCGACUCCCUGCGGGAUUACACCAACCUGCCCGAGGCGGCCCCCCUGCUCACCAUCCUGGACAUGUCGGCCAGAGCCAAGUACGUGAUGGACGUCGAGGAGAUCACGCCCGAGAUUGUGGAAACCUUUGUGAGCGACUUUCUAGCGGACAAGCUCAAGCCCGAGCCCAUCUAGGCGGGCGCCCGCGGACCUUGUUAAAGCAGGGCUCUCCCCUCCGCUCGCGGGACCUCCCAGCGCCCUCGCGUGCAGCCCAGUAUCCAACCUCCUUGUGGUGCCUUGUUUUCUGCAGUGAACCCUUCUCCCGAGCAAACUCCUCGAGAUGCACUUUCAGCAGGGAGUCGCCGGCGUUCGGAGGCUUCGCUCGUGCUUCAUGGUGAUAUAUUCUCUUGUAGCCUGGCCAGAACUGUUACUGUCCCUGUACUCUGUAUCUGGCACUAGCUAGCAGGCAGAUCUUCUUUGCAUGGUGUUCUUCCCAGCGUAGGCAUCUGGCAGUGGACGGGGUUCUCGGGCCUCUGAUACCUCCUCCUCUCCUCCCCGUCUCCCGCCCUGCCCCACACAGACUGUUCCGAAGAAGCAAUAAGGAAAUGUCCCCACCCCCAGCCACCCUCCUGGCUCCGGCCGUGUCGCAGGCCAAGCGCUGACAUCCUUGGCACGUGCGGCAAUGGCCGGGAUGCUGCAGCCCCUGCCAUCCUCCUGGUGAGAACUCCUGUGUCCAGGCUGUUUUCUCUGCCCCCAGACAUGCAAGUCGGAGGGAAUCCCACCCCAACCUUCCCCCCAGCCAUGCAGAGAAACAGCACAGGGCUGCUCGGACCUCUCCCACCCCUCCCUUCUCGUCUCCCACCUCCUUUUUUCUUCCAUGUUCUCCCACUCUCUCCUUUGUGCCCUCCUCUCUCUGGUAUGAAAUGUCCUCCCCUGUACGUAGCUGAUUGAACCGUUUUUUGUAGCUGUGUCCUAAAUCCAACCUUAAUGGUGCUGUUCUUUAAACCCACCUCCCACCCGGGCAGCACAGCUGAGCCCCCGGAAAAGUGACGUUGUAAAAACUGUACAUGGUGAUUGGCCCUUUGUAAUAAAACCCACGUCCGACCCGA